AUGUCGAAGCUAGGAAACCGCGCCGACUGGGCCGACGACGAGGAGUUCGAUGACCCCUCCGCCCUCCCCGCACAGCAAGUGACGACGAACAAAGAUGGCACCAAGACGGUUGUCUCGUACCGCUUCAACGACGACGGAAAGAAGGUGAAGGUCACCCGCCGGAUCAAGACCACCGUUGUGCGGGAACACGUUAACCCCCAAGUCGCGGAGCGCCGCUCCUGGGCCAAGUUCGGACUCGAGAAGGGCCACGCCGCCGGCCCUUCGUUCGACACCACCUCCGUCGGCGAGAACAUCGUCUUCCGUCCCAGCGUGAACUGGAAGGCUCAGGCCGCCGAAGCUGAGAAGGACGGCGGCGAGAAGGGCAGCAUGAAGGACCAGCUCAAGGACAAGAAGGUCAAGUGUCGUAUUUGCAGCGGCGAGCACUUUACGGCUCGCUGUCCGUUCAAGGACACCAUGGCGCCUGUCGACGAAGCCGGUGCCGAGGGUGCGGGCGAGGACGCCCCCGCCGCUGGUGCUGUGGGAACCGGUACUGGCAGCUACGUGCCUCCUCAUCUGCGGAAAGGUGCUGCGGGUGGCGGCGAGAGAAUGGCUGGCAAAUACGAGAAGGACGACCUGGCGACGCUCCGAGUUACAAACGUCAGCGAGUUGGCAGAGGAAGGAGAGCUCCGGGAUCUCUUCGAGCGGUUCGGUCGUGUCACCAGAGUAUUCCUGGCCCGGGACCGGGAAACCCAGAGGGCGAAGGGAUUCGCUUUUAUCAGCUUUGCAGACCGGACCGAUGCUGCUCGGGCUUGCGACAAGAUGGAUGGCUUCGGUUAUCGCCACCUUAUCCUUCGCGUCGAGUUCGCCAAGCGGGCUUCGUAA